AUGUCCUCCUUCCUGGUCUCCUCAUGGACCCUGCGGAACCGGCUCCGAGAGUCAAAGAGAAGAGGACUCUGGUCACGAACUGAGGGAGCGCGGGCGGAGAGAGGAGGUCUAGGCGGGGCGUCCCUGGGCCUGGAGGGCCUCGAACUGGUGGGUACACCCCUUUCGGUGGCCGACCGGCGCGGAGAGAGAGCUGCGGCGCGUUGGUCAUCCUGGGGACGACCGCAGGUGAUGAGGCAUGGGAAGAGUAUCAAGUCUCUUGCUGGUGGGUCCUGUCAUGGCUCAGUGCUGGUCCUGUUGGCUAACAGUGUGGUCCUGUCAUGGCUCAGUGUGGUCCUGAUGGCUCAGGUGGUUCUGUAUGGCUCAGUUGGUCUGUAUGGCUCAGGCCUUCAGUGUAAGCUCAGUGUGGUCCUGUAUGGGCUCAGUGUAUGGCUCAGCUGUGGUCUGGUAUGGCUCAGUGCUGAUCUGUAUGGCUCAGUGUAUGGGCUCAACAGUUGGGGUCGUAUGGCUCAGUGUAUGCUCAGUGGGUCCUGUAUGGCUCAGUGUGGUCCUGUAUGCUUCAGUGUGGUCCUGUAUGCUCGUGUGGUCCUUCGUGGAUCCUGUAUGGCUCAGUUAUGGCUCAGUGUGGUCCUGUAUGCGCUCAGUGAUUGGCUCAGUGUCGGUCCCCUGUUUGGCUCAGUGUAUGGCCUCAGGCAGCGCAGCGGCCUCGUCGACACCUAUGGCCGUUGCACUCUGAAGCACGGGCGGCCCCGGGGGUUGGACCGUGGCUGGCCCCCCUCCAGGGCGCACAGCUUCAUCGGCCCCACAGAGGUGAUUGCCGUGGUGAUGGACAUGUUUACAGACGUGGAUCUGUUUGCUGACUUGCUGGAUGCCACGGCGCGUAACGUCCCCGUCUACAUCCUAUUGGACGAACAGAACGCCCAUCACUUCGUCUCCAUGGUGUCUAACUGCAAGAUCAACCUUGACCUUGUCCAUAUGAUGCGUGUGCGGACUGUGUCGGGGAUGACGUAUUUCUGUCGGACAGGGAUGUCGUUUAAAGGACAGGUGAAAGACCGCUUCCUAUUGGCUGACUGCAGGGCCGUGCUCAGCGGAAACUACAGUUUCAUGUGGUCCUAYGAGAAGCUGCAUCGCUGCAUCGCUCAUCUCUUCCUGGGAGAACUAGUCACCACCUUYGACGAGGAGUUCCGCAUCCUGUUCGCCCAAUCACAGCCUCUCACCGUAGACCACGCCCUAGUGCCCGUGUCCUCUGACAGCAGCAGCAGCAGUUACUACGGCAACCAGUUCGGGAUGAAGGGGCCUCAUCGACACCCUCGGGGUUUCCAACGACACACCCCAGAACUUACGGGCUUCCCCUUCGGAGGAGGAGAAACUGAACGUUCUGCAUUGCGUAGGGAUGACCUGUUCCGACAUGCCAUAGAAUCCGGAGGAGGACUGAAUCUUGGGACGUUUGCAGCGUCGCAGCAGUUCAGGAUGCAGCAGUCCUUCCUGGAACAGGGCCGCUCCAUGGUCUCCAGGCAGAUGGAGAUAAGKGCCAGUGACUAUAAGGGUCAAAGCAACGCAGAGGGAACCCAGGAGAGCUACUCCUCUUCCAGACAGUACAUGAAGCACAGAGUCAUCAACAACCAGGAGGAGACAGAGCAGCACUACCACAGGGAGCAGAGCCAGUCCAGCCACUACUACCAGGGUGGUGAGGGACCUGGGUUAAUGCCGGGGCUGGGGCUAGGCUCAGGGCUAGGAGGACAUGGGUCAGGACAUGGGUCAGGCCAUGGACGCUACGACAGACUGAGGAACAGACCAGCGCUGGACCAGUACUCUGACUCAGGCUACCCCCAUGAGGAACCUCCUGGUCCAGAGGACUACGGCAGAGACUACCUCUCCUCUCAGGACCUGAAACACAACCCGGGACCACCACCGGCAGGGGGGAGGUACGGAGGUGGCAGCGACCACAAGAGGCCGACGGUGGGCCAGCCCUACGUCUGCCAGUCCUCCCCCACCCAUCCCAACCCCYCAGAGAAGCAGCUGUUCCCYGUCCCAGCAGAGGCAGACCAGGACCCCAAAGUCAGACAGGGCCUCCGUAGCUGGAGGAUCAACUCCUACCUCAGCACCCACGAAGACACAGGAGAGGAGGGGCUGGCACAACCUCUGGGCCCUGAUGCUUUCCAAGACCCAGAGUCUGAGGGGAAACCAUUCGCCAGUGAGGGGUCUGUAUCCCGCUUUGAAGCGAGAGAGCCUCCGGAUGUCCCCUCCAAGCCUAGACCGGAUAUCCGACCGUCACGGUACGGCAAGCCCUUCAUGCCCGAGGGCACGAGAAAGGACGGGGCCGACAGCAGGACCAWAGAGCGGGAGAGAGCGAGAGAGAAAGACCGAGAGAGGGAGAGGGAGGUUGGGGGGARGGAGGUUGGGGUGGAUGUGGAGAUGCCAUCGUCGAGGGAGACUUCGGGAGAGGUUGUGCUCUCCAAACACGAGUCGUUCCGGACACGGAUCAACCCGAUGCUCCAGAGGAGUUCCCGGCUGCGCUCCUCCCUCAUCUUCUCCUCCUCCAAGACGGAGACCCACCUGGGAGGCCUGGGCAUGAAGGUGGCCAAUGAGGAGGAUGAGGAAUCCGACAUGCUUCGCACCACCUCCAUCGUCCAACAGAUCCUGGAGAAGAGAUUUACCCGGGAACCCUUCGAGUGGCGGAAGAAGGCAGAGGAGAACGAGAGAGAGAAGAAGAAGAAGGCAGAGGAGAACGAGAGAGAGAAGAAGAAGGAAGACGAAGGGAAAGAGGUUGGGUUGAAAGAGGCUGUGCCCCCCAAAGUCGCGCCAGCAUCUGUAGAUCCCCCCCAGCCGUUGAACAUGAAUGACCCUGCCAAUAGACUGCAGUACUUCAAGGAGCUGGCUGCUAAGAGAAAUGCAUCCAAAGAGGCCGCGAUGAAAGAACCACUUCAGAAGACACCAGACCUCUCAAACACGACUUCUUCCACCACCACCUCCUCCACCACCACAUCUUCCCCCACCACCUCCUCCUCCUCCACCACCACCUACUCCACCACCACCUCUUCCCCCACCACCACCUCCUCCACCACCACCUCAGCCCCCAAACUCCCCUCGUUCUCUGUGACUGCUUCAGAGCCUGCCCCGAUGAAACCACAAGUCCCAGCCAUACUAGAGCGAACACGCAAACUGUCCAUCACCUCAAGAUUCAAAACCUUUGAGCCUUCUACUACCACAGUCCAGAGGAAAGACAGCAGCUCAGAGUCACAGAGGACAGACAGCAGCUCGGAGUCACAGAGGAAAGACAGCAGCUCUGAGUCACAGAGGANAGACAGCAGCUCUGAGUCACAGAGGAAAGACAGCAGCUCUGAGUCACAGAGGACAGACAGCAGCUCGGAGUCACAGAGGAAAGACAGCAGCUCUGAGUCACAGAGGACAGACAGCAGCUCUGAGUCACAGAGGACAGACAGCAGCUCGGAGUCACAGAGGAAAGACAAGGAGCCCAGUAAGACUCUGAAGCCUUUCUCUUCUCUGAAGCCUUUCUCUUCUCUGAGGCCGUUCAAGAGCUCCAACCCUCGCCGCGUCUCCUGUGACGUGGAAACGCUAACAACAGACGCCACGGACGCGGAGAAAAGCGAGCUGAAAAAAUCUCGCUCCCAAAGCUUGUCCAGUAUGUCUCGCGCUGAGUCCAAGGAGAUAAAGAACCUGGGCUCCAACACCUCCCUCAACACCCUGGGAGGGGAGGGAAAGGCCGACACCAAGCCCCUAGACUUCCUCAAGAAGCAGACCCAAAGACUCAAAGGCUUCCUGGCACCCAAGGACAAGAAGAGCUCUGUUGGUGCGACAUCGGUUUCCAGCGGAGACAACAARACGAUGAGAACUGUGGUGGAGAGCUCCGAGGAGUCUGGGGCCGCAGCUACACGCCUAGGCUCCUCUUCCGCUGCCGACGCUAAAGCCACAGACUACGUCACUUCCUCAGACAAUCACAAAAUGGCAGGUCCGUCUCGAUACCAGACCUCCAGCGGCUCSGUUCUGUUCAGUAGCAACCUGAGAGAUGACACCAAGGUCAUCCUGGAACAGAUUUCUGCCAACAGCCAGAAAAAACGUCUGGAGAGAGGAGGAGGAGAGGAGGCCGGAGGGGAGAAGGGGGUAGACAUGGCAGGAGAGAAAGGAGGGUUGGAGAGGAAUCCGUCGCUUGGGAGGAACCGCUUCCUACGGCCCCAGAGCAACCCUCAGGAGAGAGACAGCCUGCUGAAGAGGAUGGAGAGCAUGAGGAAGGAGAAGAAGGUCUACAGCCGUUUUGAGGUACUCUACUGUCAUAGACAGGAGGUCUGAAGGGAGGAAGAGGAG